AUGGAGCAGAAAUCAAACUCCGUGGCAACCAACUCUAAUGAGAGGAGAAACCAAACUCUAAGAGGAGGAAUCAACACUUAUGGUACCGGGCUCCCCUCGACUUUCCAUCCCCUCGUCUCCCUUGAUGGCGAGGAAGUUUCUCAGAUUAGUGAGAGCAAAGGUAGUGGCAGUGGCAGAAGAAGGAGCGAGAGUGAAGCAGAAAGCAAUGUUGGUGGUGAGGAGAAAGGAGGAGGGAGAGAAUAUGAUAGUGAGUGUGGUGGGAGAUACACUGUGGGUGGUAGGGAGGAUUUUGCUUUGGCUGAAUCCGCAGUUUCAACCUCCAAUUCUCUCACACCAUCACCUUCUUUUUCUUCUUCUUCAAUCACCACCACUUCAAAGAAACAGAACAACAAAGAAAAAGAAAAACCCAUCAAGAUCCAACACUUCCAUUACAGUGACCUUGAAGCUGCCACCAAUGGCUUCUCAGAGCGCAAGAUCCUCGGCAAAGGAAGCCAUGGUUAUGUCUAUAAAGCUGUAAUGGUUUCUUCUUCUUCCUUUGCAUCUGCACCAGAGUUCAUCAUCAGCAACAACGAGGUUGAUAACGAAAUUGAUAUCUUGUCCAAAAUCCAGAGCAAUAACAGCAAGCUUCCAAAUUGGGGAAGAAGGGUUCGUUUGGCAUUGCAAACUGCAAAGGAAAUUGAUACCCUUCAUUCAUCAACACCACUUGUGAUCCACAGAGAUAUCAAAUCAACAAAUGUUUUGAUUGAUAGAAACUUCAAUGCAAGGUUAGGUGAUCAAUAA